GCCACGCCCAUUGUUGUCAAAGGGACAGUCGGGGUAGCAGAUUUUUUUUCUGACAUCGGAUAAUAUCUAUGACUUUUUGCCUGAAAAUGGAGUGAUACGUACAAUUCAAACCACAAAGGCAACCAUCACACAAUUUCAGAUGGUUGAAAAAAACAUUUCCUAUCCUUGACUGUAUUUUACAGCUACAUUUGAGAGCGUUAUCAAGGUAACCUUAGCCUACGUGGGCUAACAAAAUAGAAGGCCUCUGACACGAACGAAUUGUUUACUUUACGAGAGGAGGGGGGCUCUUGCCCAACAUCUCAUCGUUCGGCAGUAUUUGUCAGAGUUGUCCAAGCCUCUGAUAAAUAAAAGAAAAAUAUGAAUUGCCGCUCGGAAGUCUUGGAGGUGUCGGUGGAAGGAAGGCAGGUGGACGAAGCGAUGCUAGCUUUGCUACACACAAUACUGCUGCACAGGAGCACGGGGAAGUUCCAUUACAAGAAAGAGGGCACAUAUUCCAUUGGUACAGUUGGUACACAAGAUAUCGAUUGCGACUUCAUCGACUUCACUUUCGUGCGAGUGUCAUCCGAGGAACUGGACAGGGUCAUCAGGAAAGCUGUGGGGGAAUUCAAGGAUGCCCUGAGCAACACUGGCAGUGACGGCGUGGGCCAGAUCUCUCUGGAGUUCUACCAGAAGAAGAAGUCCCGAUGGCCCUUCUCUGACGAGUGCAUCCCCUGGGAGGUGUGGAGCAUCAAAGUCAACGUCGUCAACCUGGCCAACGAGCAAGAGCGUCAAAUCUGCCGCGAGAAAGUGGGCGAGAAGCUGGGCGAGAAGGUCAUCAACAUCGUGGAAGUCAUCAACCGUCACGAGUACCUGCCAAAGAUGCCCACGCAGUCGGAAGUGGACAACGUCUUCGACACCAGUCUGAAGGAUGUGCAGCCCUACUUGCACAAGAUCACCUUCCAGAUCACAGACUCUCUGGGUGCAUCUGUCAGUACUACCAUGAGGAGACUCAUUAAGGACACGUUGGCGUUGUAAGAGUGAGAGCACUGUGUGUUCUCUCUCUUAUUGAUAAAGACCAGUGAUUUGCCCCUAGGAUUCAUUAGAUAGAAUCAAAUGCCACAUGUUUAAAGUGACCUAGUAUUUACCCGUCCAGUUCAACCAGGCAAUCGCCUGCCUGAAUUGGACAAGUAAAACCGGGUCACUUCGAAUAUAUGGCACUGGAUUGUAAAUCUGUAAGUAAUGAAUCCAGGUUGCCCAUUACCGAUAAAGGCCCUGUAGGCCUUGUAUAUUUUUGAACAGAGAAUCACAGGCUAUGGGCCUAAUCUACUCAUCUACUGACUUAACCAUACACACUACGUAAUAGCCUAUUGUAUAAUAGAAUUGACUCAGUUCUAGACACAUCACACCAUAUUACUACAUUUGCAUGUAUCAGCAAGUCUUCUUCCAUUAAGGCUCUCAGAGGGCCUUUUCUGUUCCCAACGUCAUGAAUCACAGUUUGCCUUUUAGACAACGCAACCAUGGCUGUGCUUAUUGCUGUAGAAUUGUAAAGUGUACAUAUUUGCAAAGGUUAAUUGAAGAAAGUGUGAGAUUUGAUUCAACACAGGCUGUCCACCUUGCACACACACUCUACUCUUUCGAAUCAGCAGUUAGUCAGUGGUCUGUAACAUAAUUAUUAGCUAUUCAAAAUCCCAAUUAUGAUGCAGUUAAUUAUUUUGUAUUUAAAAUUCUUUUCUUUUCAUUUUAUGAUUGUUUACAUUAUCUAUUGUCGCUGUGAUGUAAAAAUUCUGCUUCCUUAAGAAAAUAAACAUGGAACUGAAAUGA